UUGGCCACAGAUCUUAUCGACGUAGGGCAGGUUUUCGAAAAACAGUUGGAAGAGGAUCCACAUAUCGUUGUUCUUGCCACAGUUAUUCGUAAUCAUCACGGACUGCUGUGCGUUCAGUUUGGAGAAAAGUAUACUGGAAUGAUUCAUAUGCUCAACACUUUCUGCCGUCACAUAGGAUGGACUGAUAAACAAAAAGACGAGAAAUUAUUGAGGCCAAGCGUUGACUUUUUUCUGGGACUGGAAGAAGACAUUUGUAGUAUGUUGGAACCUAGAAAACCAUUACAUCGUGGCGCUGUGUUAGUCUAUCUCAACCAUGACAGAAAUCGUUUUUACUUUGCUCAUAUGGUUCCUACCGAAGACAAAUGCCCUUUUUAUUUUCAUCUUUACAUUGGCGAAGAGUUUGUUUUGCAUCCAAACACAAACAAGCCAGCUUUCUUUCACAUUUACCAUGAACAUCUUUUUGCGUGGAGUCUUAUACGAAAGGAACCUGUCAGAUUUUAUUUUCCAGAUGAGUUUAAAUUUCUUCCAAAUAAUAUGAUCGAGUACGAAGAAGAAAUUGAUAUUUAUAUAAACUACUUCACACGAUAUUCAAAAACUCUUGUCGAUGAGGGGGUCGGACCACAAGACGAGUACCGUCAACACAUUGGUAGUUUGGAUGGGAGAAGGAUAAAAGCCAUUAAAAAAGGAAUGAAAACGUUUAAAUAUGUAGAAAUUCUUCUUCCUACGUCGGAUGGAUAUAACCAGUUGCAUGAAGCCGAAGUUGUCAAAGUUUCAAUGAAUUUGCUGACACUCAAAGUCCCUGGAAAAAAAAGAGAUUAUUUACGCUCAUCCAUUGUGAGUUUUGUAUCGCAAGUAAUUUCUAACUUAUAUUAUUUAUAUUACAGCGAUGGUAACGUUUAUCAUUUCGGGGCUUGUGUUGAUGUAUCAAAAAACAGAUCGGACUUCGAUUACAACGUAUCAUAUUGA